AUGUUGCGAUUAGUUGCAACCUCCAUAUGAGUUCACUGUCAGCGGGUUCAACAUCUCCCCCCUCUCAGGCCCUUAUCAACCUCGGGGUUGGGCACAACAGAGAACCAGGUGACCGUGGAAGCCCUCUAUGACCUCUCAGUGGACAUCCAGAAGAUCCACCAGCUCAAGGGUUGGGUCCUGCACCAGAGCCCUGCCUAUGUGAGUGAGAUGGCCAGCAUGCUGCGAGACAUUGGGGCAGAGGGCCUCGUGAACGCCUGGGUCCUUGAGCUCUACCCCGAGGUGGUCCUCUGCAGCCCGGAGCAGCAGCAGGCCCAGAGAGAGCUGUGGAGAUCCAUGACCCAUCUGACUUGGAUCAUUGAGAAGUUCCUUGCCUCCUUCUUCACCUGCUCCAGCCAUCACGCCAACCAGAGGGCCAACAUCGACUACUUCCAUUUGCACCUGAACAAGCGCAUCAUCACAAAGCUGAUGGCCAGCACCCCGUGUGCUGUGGGGCAGAGCGAGGAAAUUAUCCACCUGGAGCUGAGGGGCGAUGCGACCAACAUGAAGAUCUGGCUGCAGAAGCUGCUCAGUCAGAACCCCUUCGUGCUCCUCAAGCCCUCAGAGGUCCUGAGCGACAACCUGCUGUUCCUCGAGACAAGGGACUUCACCACCGCUGAAUUGCUCCUCCUCCACCUCCUCUCCAAGCUCAGGGGCUUUUUCACCAAGCUCAACCGGGACAGCAUGCGUCUCAACUUGGCUUACUCGAAGGAGACUCUGGGCUGCUCAGAAGCCAACUGUCCAGCCUUGCUCUACUACCCUGAGGCCAUCCUGGCUGAAUGCUUUGAAGGCCUCCUCAGAGCUGGCCAACCGUUCUGGAGCUGA